AUGGAAGAUAAAAAUACUUUAAGAGCUGCAAUCAUUUACAUGCUAGUUGCUUAUUUUUUUCAUGCUGUGCAAAUAACAUUUUUUAAAUAUGGUCAUUUUAGCAUAGUUCCACAGAGUUUAUUUAUUAGAUCAAUUUCCUCCUUGAUUCUUAUUUUUCUAUUUCAAUAAUAACAGAAUUAUUAUCCAAAGUUAAAAACACAAUAUUUAAUAAAAUCAUAGUUUCUAGGAGCUAUUGGAUCCUCGCUAUACUUUUAUGGAUUGAAUUUUAUUUCUCUAUCUGAAGCAGCAAUCCUUUUUUCCACAAAUUCAAUAUGGAGUUAAUUAAUUGUCAGCUGCAUGAAAAGAGAGCAUAUCACCAAGUCAAGACUAAUAAACUCUCUAAUUUGUAUCAUAGGAAUAGGCUUGGUGUCAAAUCCCACGAUUAACGUUGAGGAUCCUUUUAUGCAUAUAAUUGGAUGCUUGAGCAUAUUAGUUUGCAGUGUAGUCCAAUCACUAUCCUAUAUCACGAUGAAAUAAAUAGGAUCUGAGGUAUCGGCAACAAUCGUUACUUCAUAUUUCCACAUUAUGAUCAUCAUAACUUCAAGUCUAUGGCAAUAAUACAUUGGUAGAUUUGAAUACUUUACAGGAUACUGGUUCUAUAUAUUUGGAUUUGCCUUUUUUACUCUUUUUGGAUAAAUUCUUUAAUUCAGAGCUCAAACAAUUGUCACUUAUGAUAAAAUAUGCAAUUACACCUACUCUUAAACUUUAUAUGUCAUUAUUAUAGAUUAUGUUCUCUUUAGAAAAAUAUUGAGUUUGAAUGGUUUCAUUGGAGGAUGUUUUAUUCUAUUUGGGGUUUUCAAAUAGUUAUCAGAAGAUAAAAAAAUAAGGGGUUGA